CGCGUCUACUGUAUUCCCUCCUCUCCUCCCGCCGCCACCAUGAUGUCCGAGAACGAGUCCGUCGACGCCUCUCCGGUGCAGAACCUGCAGGCGCAGUACGCGAAUCUGCAGCGCAAGUACCAGUCGAUGCUCGACAAGUGGACGCCGUACACGCUCCAUCGCUGGCUCACAACGGCUGGCCUGCUCGCGGUCUUCAUGCUCAGGAUAGUAUUUGCGCAAGGGUGGUAUAUAGUAUGCUACGCCCUCGCCAUCUACCUCCUGAACCUCCUGCUCGCCUUCCUGCAACCCAAAUUCGACCCAUCCCUUCAAGAGGACUUGAUGGCGGACGACAUGGAGGGCGGCGGGGACGGAGAGGCGACCCCGCUCCCCAGCCAGCGCGACGAUGAGUUUAGGCCAUUCGUCCGCCGUCUACCUGAAUGGCAAUUCUGGCUAUCUUCAACACGGGCGACUAUUAUCGCGAUACUGUGCACGACAUCCGAGAUCUUCGACGUACCGGUGUACUGGCCAAUCUUGGUCGUGUACUUCUUCGUGCUAUUCUUCUUGACGAUGCGACGACAGAUUCAGCACAUGAUCAAGUACAAGUAUGUUCCCUUCGACAUUGGGCGGAAAGCGAAGUACGGCGGGAGGAAGUGAUCGACGGGCUAUUCGUUCCCCGCGAUGGCAAACCAUCAGCAAAGCGCCGCUCGCAACACGAACCUUGCGAGCCGCGCUUUGUUGCUGAUUCGCCGUGGCUUUGUGAAACGCUCAUGGCGGGGGAAGCCGAUACGCUCAUGGGGGGAGCCAAUGCCCACAAUGUCCCGCCCUGUGUCGCGCGACACCCGCGGCAGCCCACGAAGCACGAUGUACUGUCCCCUCCUUGUAUCACGCUGCCUCCCGGACAUCAUGUUCUCCUCUUGAUUGGCGGCUGUCUUCCUUUCCCCGGGCUACGUAUAUAGAUCAGCUAAUAAACCCACUCCUGGUAUAUUGUACGAAGCCUGGAAUGUGCGCGGCCAGCCUACAACGCCAUGCGACUGACCCGCAUCUGCCG